AUGCCUUGUAUUCUCCAUUCAGGCAUCCGCUGCCCGGUUGAGGAUGAUCCGCCUGCUAUAAGAGGUCCAAACCCCGAGUGCAAUUGGUUACAGCCUUACCGGGAUCCGCGAUUUUUCUCUCAUUCUGUAGCAGGAAAAAAGGAUGUAGAGGCUGUCAGGCUGCAAUAUCUGGAGGUACCACCUCUGGAGAUUGCAAUCGCUUCAGAGAGAGACACACACACUGAGAAAAAAAAAUCUAAAAAAAAAAGAGAAAAGAAAAGAAACAAGACCGCUCCGUGUCCACAAGUUUCAGAUGUGAAAUCAGGGACGGCAGGAUCGUCCACGGUUGACGCGAGAGGAGGUAAGGCAGGACCGAGCUACAUAAUGCUGAUUUUAUGUUUGUCUUUUCUCUGCCUUUUCUGGCGUUUGCCCUUCCAAUUCUUCAGCACUGCUUGA